CUAUAUGUCUAAGAUAAACCUUCUUUCUGAGUUUCACACACAUAGAGAGAGACAGAGAGAGAGAGAGAGAUUUAAAGAGAGAAGAUGAGGAAGGUGGUGUGCGUAACAGGAGCCUCCGGUUACAUAGCAUCAUGGCUGGUGAAGCUCUUACUGCAACGAGGUUAUAUUGUCAAAGCCACUGUUCGUGAACCAAAUGAUUCAAGGAAAACAGAACACCUGCUCGCACUUGAUGGAGCAAAAGAAAGGCUUCAGUUGUUCAAAGCAAAUUUAUUAGAAGAAGGAUCUUUCGACCCUGCAGUCGAUGGAUGUGAAGGUGUUUUUCAUACAGCAUCGCCUGUACAACUUUCAGCCGCUGAUCCGCAGACAGAACUAACUGACCCUGCAGUGAAGGGCACACUCAAUGUCCUAAAAUCGUGCGUAAAAUUUCCUACUGUCAAGAGAGUGAUUUUAACAUCUUCCAUGGCGGCAGUCAUGGUGAAUGGAAGACCUUUGAACCCUGAUGUGGUAAUUGACGAAACAUGGUAUUCGGAUCAAGCAAUUUGUGAGCAGUUGAAGGAAUGGUAUUUUCUUUCAAAAACUUUAGCUGAGGAGGCUGCUUGGAAAUUUUCCAAAGAAAAUGGGAUUGACUUGGUUACAAUCAAUCCAUCAUAUGUGAUUGGUCCGCUCCUACAGCCAACUCUUAAUCUCUCUGUGGAGAUGAUUCUGAAUCUCAAAAAUGAUAUCCCAAGUAUAAUCAGUUCAAAUUAUCCAUCUAGUGAUGUCAGAGAUGUUGCCUUUGCUCAUGUUCAAGCAUUUGAAGUCCCUUCGGCUAGUGGCAGAUAUUGUUUCGUUGGCCAUGUUACACCCAUGUCCAAGGCUCUGAGUAUUUUACAUGAACUCCAUCCCACUUUUUUCCCACCUGAAAAAUGUGAUGAUGACAAACCUUGUGAACCAGGCUAUCAAAUAUCAAAGGAAAAAGCAAAAAGUUUGGGAGUUAAUUUUCUUCCAUUGGAAGUAAGUCUUAGGGACACUAUUGAAAGCCUCAAAGAGAAGGGCUUCCUCAAGCUUUGAAUUCAAGUGUUUGUUUCUGCACAAUCUCUCAAGAGACGGUGAACAUUACAUUGUUCAUGUUCAGAUUUCUAAAUUUAUCCGCAAUGGCGCACGAAUGUUCAGAAGUUGCUAUCAACUAUUGAUGCCUGAAUUUAAGAAAAGUUGUUUGAAUAUGUUUUUUCUUUCUUUGUACAAGCGAUAUUGGGGGAAGGAAGAAUCGAACUCAGGAGUCGGGACCUUCCAGGGGUGAAAACUCUGUAUCAGAGCAACAUACCCCUUGUUUGAAGAAAAAGUUUACCAAUUGAGCUACGUACCCUUUGGUUUUAUAAUAAAUGGAGCACUUAGUGGGCUUGCUAUCGCUAAUUGAACCAUAUUAUGCAUAUGUCAACAAAUAUCAACAUUUGCCGAAGCAA